AUGGGUAAAUGCGAUACCAUCCUGGUGUGUCUUAAGACUACGAGUAACCACAAGCUAAGUCAACUACUGCCGCCUCUGAUGCACGACAAGAGUACUGUGAUCCUGGUACAGAAUGGUUACGGUCUCGAGAAAAACCUGGCCAAGCAAAUGGCUGACUUGGGUAAAGAAACGAAGAGUGCUGUGUUCCCGGUGCAGAAUGUUUACGGCCUCGAGACAGGUCUGGACAAGCAAAGGACCGACUUGGGUUUGGCGAAUAUUUUGGAUAUCUGUACGAACCUCGCACUCACCUCUGGCCAGACCCCAUUCACAGCAGGGAAGAACAUCGCAGGCGGGCUGGGCUUUAUUGCGUCCCAGAAGAGUUCGCCAGGGAUCAUCACCCACGUGGACUACGGAAAGCUGACUGUGGGCGCACACAUCUCGCCACCAACACACACACACACACAAGCACAAGCGGAUCACAGCACACCCCCGCACACGCACUCGAGCACUGCGGAGCCGAUGCGUGCGGACCACGAGCCUGCUGAAGGCAUAGUACAGGAGGCUAUGCGUGUGCUGGCGGAAGACUUGGGAGAGGCCGGUGUGGAGGUAGUCAUAGAUGAUGAUCUGGUAAGGGCGCGCUGGCACAAAUUGGUGUGGAACAUCUCCAUGAAUGGGCUGAGUGUACUGCUGGAUGCGCAGACGGACGAGAUAGUGGGCAACAAUGGUAUGGGGUGUAGUAAUGAAUUAUAUAUAAGGGAUCAGGGUACGUGCGUGUAUGAAUGAACAAUAACUAGCAUGUGGAUGUGGAUGUGGUAUUGUUUGAAAAGGGUCUGCGUGGGUGAUAUAUAUAUAUAUCAUAUUGUGUGUACGUGU